AGUCACUACCCUAAAUUAAGGGAAAUUGCAGGGAAAAAUAAUACAUACAGUGGGAAAUUGUUUUGUCAAAAGUUAAAAUAAAAGUUAUAGCUUUUUUUCAUUAGGAAUCAAAUUACCUAUCAAUAGAUUACUUCAGUAUAAUUAAAAUAAUCUUAGUUAGGUUUAAGCUAACCUGUAUUCUUAGUUAUAUUUUGAUUAAAAAUUGUUGCUCAGGUUUUUGUCAGAGAUGUGGAGUGGAUUCCAAUUGUGUCGUUGUAAACAACCUCUGAAAGCUGCACAAAACAAACUUUUGGCUUGUGGCACAAGAUAUGGCUUAAACUCUUCAAACUUACUUACUAGACAACUCUAUACACCAUUAAGAAAUGGACACAGUAACAAACUACAAUCUAGGAUAAGUGAGCUGCUAAAAUCAAAUAAGAUUUUUGUAAGGUUGAAUUCAUCCACACAAAAGCCAGCAUCUUCUAAAAUGGUAGGCUACUGGCUGCUGGGUUGCAGCGGCAUGGUGUUCACAGCAGUUGUCCUAGGUGGAGUGACGAGACUCACAGAGUCUGGUCUGUCGAUGGUGACAUGGAAACUGCUCGGAGAAAAACUACCCAGAACUGAAGAGCAGUGGCAGGAGGAAUUCGAAAAAUAUAAACAGUAUCCAGAGUUUAAAUACAAGAACCACAGCAUGAGCCUGUCGGAGUUCAAGUGGAUCUGGUGGAUGGAGUACGCGCACCGCACGUGGGGGCGCGCCAUCGGCCUCUGCGUGCUCGGGCCCGCCGCCGCGCUGGCACUGGCCGGCCGUCUGCCCGCCGCCAUGCGCCCGCGCGUGGCGGUCUACUGCGCACUGGUGGCCGCGCAGGGUCUGAUGGGGUGGUACAUGGUGAAGUCGGGGCUAGAGGACCGGUUCGAGGGCCCGGCGGACGUGCCGCGCGUGUCGCAGUACCGGCUGGCGGCGCACCUGAGCCUGGCGCUGCUGCUGUACGCGGGGCUGCUGGCGGGCGCGCUGCGGCUGCUGCGCCCCCCUCCCGCCCCCGCCGCCCUCGCCGCCCCCACACCCGCGCUGCCCCGCGGCCUGCGCUCCAUCUUCGCACUGGCGCACGCCGUCAAGGCUAUGGUGUUCUUCACGGCGGUGUCCGGCGCGUUCGUGGCCGGGCUGGACGCGGGGCUGGUGUACAACUCGUUCCCCAAGAUGGGUGACCGCUGGGUGCCCGAAGAGGUGCUGGCGCUGCGGCCGGCCGCCCGCAACCUGACGGAGAACCCCGCGACCACGCAGCUGCAGCACCGCGCGCUGGGCGUCGCCACACUCGCCGCCGCCACCGCCGCGGCCGCGCACGCCGUCACCCGCCGCGCGCCCCUCCCCCCCGCCGCCAGGAGACUCGCCGUCGCCGUCGGCGCCCUCGCCUGGCUCCAGGUGUCGCUGGGCGUGGGCACGCUGCUGUGCUACGUGCCCACGUGGCUGGCGGCCGCGCACCAGGCCAACUCGCUGGCGCUGCUCGGCGCCGCCGUGUGCCUCACGCACGAGGUCAAGCUGCUCAGGUACAUACCCAAGUAGCCGCACACCACACUGCACCACACCACACCACACCACACCACCGCCUCCCUACACCCGUCUUGAUGUAAUCGGCGCUCUCGGGUGGCCGCAGCGGCGUAUCCCCUUCCAAGAUUAGUCAUUGUUAUAAAAUUUGAACUUAUUAUCGACAUUCUUAAUGAAAAAUGCUUAAAAAAUCCACUCUGCCCUGAGGUUAUCAGAGAUGGAACUCGAACGCCCGAUCUUGCUCUAACCGCAGAGAUAUCCAGGACCUCGCAGGCCUGACGAAUCUUGCGAGCACUUUUUUCUUUUUCGUAUUUCACCAACGUUACAAUUCACCCAAAAAGCCGAAAGAAAUAUUAUUACAAAUAUUUUAAACUUUCGAUUGAGAUGAAAAUUUAUUAUAAUCGUUAUAUUUUUAAGCAUUUUUCAUUAAGAAUAUUACCCAAUAUAGCAAUGUGUAUGCAAAAUUAAUCAAAUAUAAUUACCAUCGACAUACAACGUCGAUUGGAAAAAUUUAAUCUGUUACGGUACCUUAUUACGCCGUCCCCUAUGCUUCGCUUCCGAAUUGCCCCAGAAUAAAUGAGACCAUCACCGAAACGAUAGAUAUAUUAUUGUGUAUAUGCUCGUUUUUGGAAUACCAAAAGUAUUCCAUGAGAGUUUCCUUCCUGAUUUCCUGUAGACCGAAGUCGCCUCCUCCCAGUCUCCUAGUUGACUCGACCUCACCUACCCUUAAAUACUGUCACAAGAUGUAAUUUUGUUAUAAUCCUAACUGAUACUGACGGUGUCGCGCUUAUAUCUCCUCUUCAACCGUUCUUUCCUCCUUCAUGAGUAUUAUAGAAUAAGUUUAAAUAAUGUUAUAUUUUUUUAUGACAACACAUUCAGUUCUUAUAAUAUUGUAUAAAGCUGUAGAUUUUUUAGUUUUAUUUAAUCUACCGUCGGAACAUAUUAUUUUUGCAUUUAUCUUUUGUGUAUAUUUAUGUGAAACUGUGCAUUAGUUGUAAACACAUUCAUAUGUAGUACGUAUACCGACUGAUUUAUUUGUUACUAAUUAAGAUGGUUAAUGUAUAAUAAGAAAAAUACAGAUUAAAAGGUUAUUCACAAAGUGAUUUUAUUUUGAAAAUUUUAAAAUGCUAAUAUUGCUUACACACUGAAAAACAUUAUUUACAUAGUUUAUGUGAAGCCUACGUGUCGACACGUGGCGGGUCGGGCCCCGCCCCGCCGCGGAGACGCGACCAGUGAUGUUCCACUCAGACUGACACUUGUUUAUAUUAUCUAUAUGUAAAACCCCAAUAUUGAAGGGAAUUGUAAAAUAUAAAAUAGUCAUUGACUGUAGUACCAUUAACACGAACAACCAUCGAACUCAUAACCAGCCAAAUAUCUGUAUUACCACGUGAAUGCAAUAAAUAAUUUAAUUGAAUGGCGCUGUGCAAAUACAUAUAUCGAUAGAAAAACAUUUGCAUACUUGCGUUCCAUACAAAUCGGAUUCGAAUUCAACAAUUUUUUGUGUUGAAAGUACUGUAGAUCGAAAAGCAUCAAGUGAAAUAUUUGUGAAACAAAUUAAAAAAAAAUAAAAUUACGAUUAACUCGAUUAUAAUUAUUGGUUUGUACACGACGUCCGCCAUUUUGAGUAAACAGCUGUUGCAGAAAGUCGCGUCUCCAUAGCAACGACGGUGAGUGCACCAUAAACAUAAAUAUUAACAUAACAUCUGAUAUCUGCGUUGUCUCGUGCGUGAUUCACAUUUAUAUAGAUAUAUAGUUGGACAAACAGAUGCGUAAAUAGUUUUGAAACAUUACGUUCGAAUACAAUUUUUAUUUUAUUGAAAUAGACUUUGCUUUCGCAAGUUGAUCCAAUUUAAUUUUAAGCGAAUGUUUCAAUACUUUUUAAUUUAUACACUUAAUCAAACAACAUUAAGAUUUAAAACUAAUACAAUUAAAAAAACACGCAAUUCUGAAAUCAGAGGUGUUACAUAAUUUUAGAAUACCUGAUAAUUUUACUUAAUUAUUGGUUCGCCAAGCAAGCCUACACAAUCGGCAAAUAUAUUAUAAAGGUAGAUGUUUGUAUCACAUUGGUACGUCACGGUUUCAUUCUCUAUAUCUAUUGAUAGAUGACGCUAGUGUCUUAACGAUAGGACAGUGAAAUAUUCAAUUCAGUUACAUGGACUGGUUUUGCGCUUACAAUCAAUACACGGUCGUAUCUAGAGAUAUACCGCAGGUGGGACCUACCUCUAGUCAGGGUCGGCAACUCAUAUGACAUUAUACACUAUCGCCAUCUACCUACCUACAACCAACAUAAUAAACCACGUUAACAAUGUGAAAAUGAUACUCGCCGAAUUGCAGCAGUUAGUUCAGGGAGUAUCAUAGACAAGUGUUUUAUAAUUUUUCUACAUAUAUUUUUUGAGCAAUCACGUGUUAUCAAUAGACAAUCAAGAUGAUAUUAUCGCAGUAAGUUUAAAUUUGAAAUAUAAACUAGUCGUAUAUAUCGAUAUCAAAUAUAAUAAAACCGAUGAGAAUUCUAUGUAAGCUGAUGUUAUUCGUACACCGUUACAGUCCGGCAAAUCGACACGAAGACCUAUGUAGUGUGUAGCCCUAUUUAACUUUAUUAUUAAACAACGGUUACAGCUCCGCAGUUGCGCAGUGAAUUUGUUAUUACCUAUCUAUCUACAUACAUGUUCGCGUACAAUCACCGGCGGCCACCAGAUGGCACGUUGACACCGGCCGCUAUAUUUAACAUAACAUUUAACAUACACACAGGGUUUAAGUUAUUAUACAUUUUUGUGAGCAAUCCCAAUAGACAGCUCACCCUGAAUACACAUAUUUAUACUGUAUUUAUUUUUUUAAUGUACUUAUACCAGAAAGUUAUAGUGAACGCCAUCUAGCGUUGAACGACGACAACUACUUUAGAAGCACAAAAAAAGACACACAAUUCUGGAAAUAUUCCAAUACGAGACAGUUAUGUGCUGUAAAAUAAUUUGUAAUCUAAAACGAAACGUAAAUUUGGAUAUUACCCGUAUAUGUUGUUGGUCGCAACUAUUGCGUACAAUUAAAUUUCAAUGCAUCGAUAUGGUUUAUUGUAGCGAAUGAUUGUGCUCAUGUUUCGUAUUGCGAUUGAUAUAAUAAAGGAAAUGCCGCAACCACACAUCGCGAGCCCCACAUUAGCACCAUACGAUAAUUCAUAAAUGUAUAAAACCAGUAAAACACUAGCAUUUUUGAACAUAAAUCAUAACGCAAGUUUCACAAUUUUUCAAAGAUAUGUUUUGAUUGUUUACAAUAGUUCUUUUUGAGAUCCCUACGAAAUAAUGUUAUACGACUUACUAUAAUGUUAGAAUAAAAUUAUUGUGCAACUAAUACUUAUUCAAAUAUUAAUAUUAUGUGUAAAAGAAAUUAACAACGCAAACAUUACCAGUUUUCCAGUCCGUUAUAUACGUCAUAAUCGAACCAUUAACUAAACAUAAAUAAAACUUUAAUAUAAAUACGAACUAAUUACAUCUCCUAUUUCAGUAUACACUACUGAUUUUUAUAUUGUAAGUAUAAAUUAGUAAGUUAUACAAUAUUAUAUAUAUCUUCAGUAUACUGAAACAUCUAUAACUGUAGAAAAUAGGUACAACAUAAGUGUUUGUAACUCAACCAAAAAGGUAUUUUAUAAUGCAAAUUAGCGCACUACUUAAUUUUACGUAGAAAUUGUUUCACUUUCGCUAUUUACUUUAGAACAGCAAAUUUACAUGAUGAGUCAACAUCUUCUACAUAGUAUGCUUCGUCUGUACCACGAUCAGGGCACAAAGUAAUAUUAGUGUUCUUCCUUACACAAUAUACAAUAUCAUUGCAGUUUUUGUAAAACUCCAAUCUCAUAUUUUACGUGAAAUAUGGCAACAUACAUGUUUUAAUCAUAAGUACAGUCUAUCUCUUUUUUUAGAGCAGAUAGAGAGAAUACUUUGUCAGUGCAUUUCUUUAAAACGUUUAUUUGACAAUUUAUAUAGUAUUUACUACCUAUCCAGAAAGAGAAGUACUGUUCUUUAUUAUACAAGCAUUGUCGAAAUUUAGCACAAUGCUUUAAUAUAUUAUUAUGUUCUCAUUAAAAUAUACUCUGCGAACGAUAUUAACAUCCAAUAUGUUACAAGAAAUAUAGCCUUAAUCAAACUUAUCAACUAGCGAUAAAAAUACAAUUUCCAUGUACAUACAUUUGUAGUUCCAGUUCAAAUGAAUUCUACUAGAAAAUAACGAGAGAUUUCCAAAAACAAAAUUCUCAACCUCGAUAAAGAAAUAGUAAAAAAAAAAUUAUAUAUACAUAACAAUAAUUGUAAAAAUAUAAAGCGACAAUUUAACCCACAGAUAUUGUUUAUAGACUGACAGAUCUUGAUCAAAAAUACAUUUAAAACCAAAUAUUAUUAAGUUGGCACACCUUCGACAAUUGCCUAAAGAGGAAUGAUAAAAACACGGAAAUAUUAAAAUUAAUUCUUGAACCAGAACUAUUAUCAAUCUUAUAUUCCGAGUGUUUAGGUAGAAAAUUGAACUGACCAUUCGCUCAUAUCUAUCAUGACAAAAUUACAACUCACAAAAAUUCAUACAUUCUGUAUUAGUAUGGCAGUGUAGCUUUCUUUUUUAAUAUUAUUAACAGAAAAAAAUAAUCAUUACCAGUACGCAAUGUCUUCGUUAUUUCUUUAAUUAUUUAUAUAUUUAGAUUUCAAUGUUAAAAUUUACAAAAAAGAAAUUGUAGAUAUACGUAUUGAUAAAAACUUUCAUCAACUGGGUACAGUAGAUAUAUCAUCUACAUAUUUUAGUUAAAAUAGUGAGAAAUAACAUGAAUUUGCCGCCGUAACAGACACAUUAUUAAAUUUUGCGUGCUGACUACAAUAUUUUCCUGUAUAAUAAGAAUAUUAUUAUCUAUUAUAUUAAAUAUAUUUGCACAUCCUUACCAUUUCUUUCAAUAUAGAAAUGUUAAAUAACUAUAUAUAAGGUUUCAGUUUAAUUUUCUACCUGUCAGCAGGCAGCCGUUCACUGUGUGUGUAUGUAUAUACAAUACUUAGCCUCUGUCUCUAAUCUCCGUCUAUUAUAAAAUCUCACAUUAACUGUUAUGGCAGCGGCAGGUAAUAAACGACCAGGUCUAUUGUAUGUAUACAAGUGUAAUCGUCAUUAUAUUAUAUGCAUUAAUGUAUAAUUAAACUACCCGCACAAUUUAAAUAUAA